GUAUAUGUGCUGCUGCCUGUUGGGACACAGAAAUAGUUGGAUGAGCGGGACUGCUUUAUUUUGACAAUAAACGUUUUUCAGGCGUCCUUUUCCUCUGAUAGUAUCAGUAUCAACAGCAGAAGGAAGAAGUCCAGACUGUGGAGCUCCAUCGCAACGAUGAUCCCUCACAUGGCACUGUGCAAAUUCUUUCCUCUAGUUCUUGUCGGGGUCGUGGUGUUUGCUGUGAGCGGGAUCUUUGGGGACCCUCUGUACGAGUGUCUUCAAGACGCAGACUACAGCGAGCUCCUGGACAUCGUUGAUAAAGGUCUUCCUGCUGCUAAGACACCUCGCCAUGUAGCAAUCAUCGGCGGGGGCAUCGCUGGACUGACCGCUGCAAAGUUUCUGGAAGAUGCUGGACACAAGGUGACCAUCAUAGAAGCCAGUAACCGCAUUGGGGGACGCGUGGAGACCUUCAGGAACAACAGAGAGGGCUGGUACGCAGAAGUGGGGGCCAUGAGGAUCCCCAGCUUUCAUAAAAUUCUGCUCUCCUUUGCCGCCAAAUUACAAAUCCCCCUAAACCAUUUCAUCCAAGACGACAUUAACACUUACUUCUUGAUAAACGGAUUACUACAUAAAACCUAUGCUGUGGAAAGCAACCCCGGCGUGCUCAACUACAGCCUGAACGAGAGAGAGAGGGGGAAGUCUGCAGCUCAACUCUUCAGUGACGCACUCUGGAAGGUGAGGGAUGACGUCAAAGCAAGAGGCUGCAGUGCCUUGUUGGAUAAAUACGACUCCUACACUGUGAAGGAAUAUCUGAUGAAGGAGGGCAACCUGAGCCGCGGCGCCUUGAGGAUGAUCGGGGACCUCCUGAAUGAAAACAGCCUCUUCUACACGUCGCUGAUAGAAAUGUUGUACAUUCAGUCAGACAUCAACGACAACACAGAAUACUUUGAAGUGACAGAUGGAUUUGACCACCUCCCAAAGGCUUUCUUACCGAUUUUAAAUUCCACGAUCCUCCUCAACUCCAAGGUCAAGCUAAUCAACCAAACAGGCGGCAGCAAUGUGACGGUAACGUACCAGGACUGGCGAAACUCAGGCUCCCUGACCAACCUAACAGUGGACUACGCCCUGGUUACAGCCACAGCUAAGGCCACCGUCUUCAUCGACUUCCAGCCCCCUCUCUCCGGGGACAAGAUGGAGGCCCUGCGCUCAGUCCACUACGCCAGCUCCACCAAGGUGGUGCUCAGCUUCAGGGAUCGCUUUUGGGAGAAAGAGGGCAUCAAAGGAGGGAAGAGCGUCACAGACAGGCCCGCUCGCUUCAUCUACUACCCCAGCCACAGCUUCCCCGGGACAUCGGCAGGGGCCCUGCUGGCGUCUUACACCUGCUCCGACGAUUCAACCCUCUUCCAGGGGCUGAGCGAGGAGGAGCUGAUGGCUGUGGUCCUGGAGGACUUGGUGAAGAUCCACGGAGAGCGCAUCAGGCCUUUGUGUACAGGGGGGCUGGUGAAGAAAUGGGGCUUGGAUCCUUACAGUCUGGGAGCCUUUGCACUGUUCACGCCGUACCAGCAGGGACAUUACGCCAGAGAACUGUUCCAGAGCGAGGGACGGGUGCACUUUGCAGGCGAACACACAGCCUUGCCGCACGGGUGGAUAGAAACUGCCAUGAAGUCUGCGCUCAGGGCAGUGAAAAAUAUUAACAGCCUUACAGUUUAGUUUUAUGUCAAGUACAUGUGUAUACUGAUGUAUCACAAUUAAUCCCCCUCAAAUGCCAACACGUUCUCAUCCCAAAUCUUCAGAUAUUGCCACUUUGUAGUGGAUUUCCGCAUCUAAAAAUUCUACUUUGGUCUGCUGUUGAUGUUUCAGGAUGGCACUACCAUAAAUCAGCACAAGCACAUGGUUAUUAUACAUGUGGUUAAGUUUAAAGAUCAUUUUCCCUUCA